CUCCAGAUGGUGAGUGAGCUGAAGCCAAGCUGGUUGUGAAGGUGCUGGUGGACGUGUCCCUGUCCUCGCCCCAAGUCAGACUCACCAUGGCGUCGGGAGUAGCGGCGUGGCUGCCCUUCGCCCGCGCUGCUGCUAUUGGCUGGAUGCCCGUGGCCAACAUGCCAAUGCCCAUCGCCCCCACCGAGAAGAACAAACGCGCAGACGAGCUCAUCGUCCUCAAUGUUAGUGGACGUCGCUUUGAGACCUGGAGGAAUACGCUAGAUAGAUAUCCUGACACCUUACUGGGCAGUUCAGAGAAAGAGUUUUUCUACAAUGAGGAGACCAAAGAGUACUUUUUUGACCGAGACGCGGACGUUUUCCGUGCUGUUCUCAACUUCUAUCGCACGGGCAAGCUGCAUUACCCCCGCUCCGAGUGCAUCACGUCCUACGACGAAGAGCUGUCCUUCUUUGGGAUCAUUCCUGAGAUCAUCGGAGACUGCUGCUACGAAGAGUACAAGGACCGUAGGCGUGAGAACCAAGAGAGACUGAUGGACGAUGACGAGGACAAGAAAGAUGCCAAGCUUCCCAAUAUGACGUUCAGAGAGACCAUGUGGAGGGCCUUCGAGAACCCUCACACCUCCACCAUGGCCCUGGUGUUCUACUACGUCACCGGCUUCUUCAUCGCCAUCUCAGUCCUCACCAACGUGGUGGAGACCGUGCCUUGCGGUGCCACCCCUAACACCAAAGAGGUGACGUGCGGCGAUCGCUACACAGUAGCCUUCUUCUGCAUGGACACGGCCUGCGUCCUCAUCUUCACAGUAGAGUACCUCAUGAGACUGUUUGCUGCACCAAGCCGCUACCGCUUCAUGCGCAGCGUGAUGAGCAUCAUCGACGUGGUAGCCAUCUUGCCCUACUACAUUGGCUUGGUGAUGACAGACAACGAGGAUGUGAGCGGGGCCUUCGUGACGCUCCGGGUCUUCCGGGUCUUCCGUAUCUUCAAGUUCUCCCGCCACUCUCAAGGGCUGCGCAUCCUGGGGUACACGCUGAAGAGCUGCGCCUCAGAGCUGGGCUUCCUCCUCUUCUCCCUCACCAUGGCCAUUAUCAUCUUCGCUACCGUUAUGUUCUACGCCGAGAAAGGUUCCACGUCCAGCAAGUUCACCAGCAUCCCAGCCUCAUUCUGGUACACCAUCGUUACUAUGACGACACUUGGAUAUGGAGACAUGGUUCCUAAGACGAUUGCGGGGAAGAUCUUUGGUUCUAUCUGUUCUCUGAGCGGGGUGUUGGUCAUUGCCCUGCCUGUCCCAGUCAUCGUGUCCAACUUCAGCCGCAUCUACCACCAAAACCAGAGAGCUGACAAAAGACGGGCUCAGAAGAUGCAGAAAGCACGUCUGGCCAGGAUACGAAUAUCCAAGACAGGAAGCUCUAAUGCCUUCCUCCACAGCAAACGGAAUGGCCUCUUCAGCGAAGCCUUGGAGCUCACGAGUUCCAUUGAGGAGGAGCAGCAGCUGAGCAAGAACCAGUCUCUAUUAGAGAGCCAACACCACCACCUGCUGCAUUGUCUGGAGAAAACCACAAAUCAUGAGUUUGCAGAUGAGCUGUGUUAUGAGCAGAGCUACCUGGAGGGGGCACUCCAGAGCUACCCGUCUCAAAGCCCCUCCCUCUCCAGCCAAGAAGGCAUGACGGGCACCUGCUGUACCCGCCACACCAAGAGGAACCACGCCCCUUUACCCAACUCCAGUAUUCCCACGUGCGCCCUCUCACACACACACCCUCAUCAUAACCUACAGGAGCUCAGCACUAUCCACAUCCAGCCCCUCAACACCAGUCGCUCCAGUCUGAACAUGCGUGUGGACGAACCCGCGCGCCUCAACUGCCAGAGCGGCACGAUCACCACUGCGAUCAUCAGCAUUCCGACGCCCCCAGCGACCACUCCUGAGAGCGACGCCCACCCUCCACCCUCAGGCCCCGCCCUUCAGAACGUUGUGAAGGUGUCUGCGCUGUGAGUGUAGAAGCGCAGCAGGACGCGCGGACAGACAGACAGAUAGGAUGGAUAGACAGACUUAUGCAGAUAGACAGAAGGACAGUGCGAAGGAUACGACAGACGAGCAGGCGAAUGCUCUGAAGGCCGAGUCCCAGACUGAAGACAUGGAGGACUGCCCUCUAGUGGAGAUCUACUGUAAUGACAUGGACUUCCUGUAGAAAUGGAGGAUGGAUUUUAGAUACAGUCUACUGUAGGUGUCUGGGCGCUUCUGUAUGUUUGAGUGGGCGUUUUUUGUGUGUUUGAGGGGUAUACGUGUGUGUGAGAGAGAAUGUGUGUUGGAGAAAAUAAAAAAGGUUUGAGUUUGAGUGUAUGAAUGAGUGUAUGAAAGAGAAAGAGAAGCACUUGAUGGGUCGCUGGAGAGAUGUAGAGCAGUAAAGUCAUAUGUCACUGUGCACGCAGCACCUUUUUAUGGUUAGUGCUAUCCGGGAUCAUUGGGACAUCCCUACACUAUACCUUAACCCUUACCUAACCCUAACCUUAACCCUUACCUUAACAAUAACCUUUACCUAACCUUAACAAUAACACUUACUUAACCCUAACCUUAACAAUAACCCUUACCUCACCCUAACCUUAUCCAUUUUAAAUUUCAACUUCAAUGGGGGUAUGGAUGUCCCAAUGAUCACGGAUAGCAAGGACGACCUUUUUAUGGUUUGGAACCUGAGUUUGACAUUUGACCUGUCUGGUCUUUACAUCGUUACAGCAGGAAACAGUGACCAUAUCAAAGAAAAGAACGCAGACAUAUUGAAAUCAUUAACGUUUUCCUCUGGUUUGUUUAGUUAUUUAUGGUUUGAUUCAGUUUGAUCCACUUAUUCGUCGUCAUAGAUACAUGUCACUCACCAUCCCAAAUCUUUUUUCUUCUUCUUUUUCUUCUCCCCAGGUAUAAUUUAAUUUCACAGUGAAAAUUCUUAACAGAUCAAACUAUGGUAGGUGUCUGUGUCAGAGAUACUAGUGGGUUUCUUAUAUUUGUGAACGUGUAUGUGUGUAUGCCUGUAUGAGUGUGUGUGAGUUUCAGGAGCUGUCUGUAGUUUAGCUCUUUCUGUAAGUGUCCGUGGCUCUGUAUACGUGUGACUAGCUGCCACUCAUGGAAAGCUGCUGUACAUAUUUCUGUCUAAAAUUCUCAGCUGGAAGCCUUUUACACAAUAUGUGCCUGUUUCGUUUGAGUAAAUUCUUGAUUUUAUUUCUCUUUUUUUGUAGGUCGGUUUCCCUCCCUUUGCUUUCCUCUGGGCUCUAGUUGUAGACAUUCAACAGACCUUUUAUGUAAACUUGCUUCAUUAUCCAACACCAAGACCAAAAAGGUUGUAUUUAAACUUAAACCACGUCUAACUAAAAGCACAAGGUGUUUGCUGAGAAUUUCUGACAGAGAUCUGUCCAGAGCCUGGGUUAUAUUGUGAAUAUUGUUAAUAGAAUAUUUUGUAAUAUUUUCCCAUUGUUUGGCAGAGCCAGUGAAGCUGUCCUCUCUCACUCUCUUUCUCUCUCGUUGUUGUCCUGUGUAUCUCUUUCUCUCUCGUUGUCGUCCUGUUGUAUCCUUCCCUCCGUUCUGUGUGAAGAACAAUAUGCUUUUGGUAGUUGUUUUUAGUCGUCAAUGUUUUCUCCCCAAACUCAGCUGGCAUUUUUCAAAGUUGUUGGGUGUCUGUAAUCUUCUAUGUGGAUAGAAACUUGGUGUUUGUACUUUUUCUGUGGCCUUCCAUGUUUUUCCCCUGGGACAUUCUAGGUCUUAAAUGUUUUAUUUUUUUCCUGGAGAACUUGAACCUGGGACAUCUGUUGUCAUGGUGACCACAGAGACAUAGAGGACAGGAUGACACCCACCCAUGGACCUAAACCAACCUUAACAUCUAACACUAGCCAUUUAUCUUCUGGGUUAUAGGGUCUGAAAUGUCUCUUUACCAGAGACUAGAGUUGGGCUCAGUUAAUUUCAGUAUAUUCAGACUGAAUUCAGACCCCAACCCUUCCAGAGAUACAGGCACACAAAGGGGCAAUGCAGAGUAGAUCCAUGGCAUCUAUCUACGACAUGACACAGGACCUGUGAACCAACCAAACCAAAAGGGUUCAACUAUGUUGGAUCAGGAAGUUAAUGGUAUUGUUUAUUUAGUGGCCGACCUGCAUUUGUAAGCACAGGUAUUGUUACUUUAGAACUUGAUGAUGUAUUCCGUGACCAUAGCUCCCAGGAUCUAGUAUAGACCCAGUCGUUAUGGGAUAGAACGUUGCGAUCUUGCCCUCCUGUAGGGAAAACAACCUGUGGUUACCUACAGUGCAUUCGGAAAGUAUUCAGAACCCUUGACUUUUUUUAAAUGUUGUU